UCUGUCGGUGAUUAACUCAAGACUUUCUUUCUCUCUCUCUUUGUCAAAUCCGGCAACCCUUUCGUCCGAAUCUUCGCCGUUAUAUGUGUACAUUGUUCUUUCUCAAAUAAUAUAUAUUAUUUCUUCCCAAUCGCCGCGCAAGGUAACCCUUUUAUUCCCAUUUUUCAGAUCCAUUUUCCAUUAAGAAUUGAUCAAUUUGCGUGUGUGUAAGAAACCAAUUAGGGUUUUGGAAUAUUCGCCUUGAUUACCGCGGGAUUUGCUUCCUUUUGAGGUACGAUCAUAGAUUAAUCUGCCUCAGAUUUAUUUACUAUUCUGCAUUACUGAGAUCUUAGCGAAUUGCUUGAGAAUUCUCGUUAAAUAUGGCGGAGUUGAAUCCUAGAACUAGUUCUGUUAGUGAAGGAUUCGAUAAGGUGGAUGAGAAUUCAGAAAUUCGAAAUCUUGAGUUGGAAUCAUUAAACCCAGUAGUAGUAGUAGGCCGAUCCGAACAUCUACUACAUUCAAUGGAUGCAUUAGAUAUUUUGAGAGAAACAGUUCGAAUUCUCCGGUUCAAUUCGAUUGGUUUCAUGAGUAUCAUGGCAUUGUUCAUAUGCCCUGUAUCUGCUGUUAUAUUAUCAGAAUUUUUAGUCGAUCGAUCCAAAGUAAAGAACUUGAGUAUAAGUUUGUUCACGCUUGCUAAAACCAGUGGACUUCCCACUAGUCUUUUCAUCCAACAGACUUGCCAAAAGUUAGCAGUGAUGAUUAUAUCUUGGGUAGCUUGUUUUCCUCUUAACAUCACAGUAUCUCUAUUAUCAAAAGCAGCUGUUGUUUAUUCAGUUGACUGCACUUAUUCGAGAAAGAAAUUCGACUGGUCAAUGUUUUACUCGACAAUCUCCAAUCUCUGGAAAACAAUCCUUUCGACGUAUAUAUGGACAUGUAUGGUGAUCUCCGGCUGCCUUGUUUCGUUCAUCGUACUAUUUCUAGCUGCAGGAACUUCUUUAUCAGUUGCAGGGUUUGGUUCGGGUUUCAUUAUUUUUGUUGCAUUGGUGAUGGGGAUUGUAUUCUGUAUAGUUUUGGCGAUGGCUAUAGUAAUUUGCAGCAUGGCCAUUGUUGUAUCUGUGUUGGAGGAGGAGGUUUCAGGUUCUCAGGCAUUGAUUGAAUCUAGAAGGGUGAUUGAAGGUAAGAUUAGAGUGGGUGUUUCGUUAUUUUUGAUAUCGACGAUUGGAAUGUUGUUGAUUGAAUGGUUGUUUGAUCAUAGAGUGAAGACGGUUAGCUAUGGAGAUGGUUCUUCUAGAAUAUGGGAAGGGCCACUUCUGGUAUUGAUGUACUCGUUUGUGUUGCUUAUUGAUUAUAUGAAUUGGGCUGUUUUUUACUUUUGUUGUAAGUCACCAUCGUCGUUGAAUGGCGGGGAGAUUGGGUUAGAAGAGGUGGAUGAGAUUUAGGGAUAGAAAAUAUAAAGUGGAAAGGGUUGUCAAUGAUCAUGGGUCAUGUUUGUUUGAGAGGAAAAGGAGGAAAUGUUACACCAUUUGUUUACUUUUGAGAGUGAAAUAUAGAGAAUUUGUGUCUUAUAUCUUUCUUUCCAUUGUUAUUGAUUCAUAAAUAUUAUGAAUUUGGUUUUUUGAA